AUGACGGACGAAAGCUCAGCAUGGAGUCAUCAGGGUCGUAGGACGCCGAAAAUCGUUAUGUACAGCGAAUAUGAACGCGUCAAAGAUCACCGUUCCUUUGGUGAUAGGCGCACUGUUUUUUCCGGUCCUCUUUACAUGGAUGAAUACCAACGAAUUUCUCCAUCCCAAAGGAUUGUGAUGACCGAGGCUGGUUUUAAGGUGGGUAACGGUGAAGUCCAUGGCAGCCAUGGUGAGCCGGAGGGUAGUGAGACUCCCAUCGAAGUAGUUGCUGAGUAG